AUGGCAGAAGCAAAUAACAAUCAGUUCAGCGAUGAUCUAGAAUACACAUAUAACUUCUAUCCACCACCCCCACCUCUUCCCCCACCUCUAUUCUUAUCCUAUCCGCCUCGCUCAAAUACCCCGCUAGAUAUCCCUCGCGAAUACCGCCCUGAGUUUCCUGUGCUACGGGAUUUGUCGGAUGACGAAUUACUAAAUUUAACCGACCUCGUCCUCUUCGAACGGCAACGGCAACAUGUCGAAACUCUGAGAGAGAAGGUCCGAUAUGUGGACCGACUAACGGCCUUUCUGGAGCGUGAGGGAAAGUUCGGCGUGGGUGAUAUUUUCACAGAAGAGCUUGGAAUUGACGAUACGGAGGAGAAGAAGGGAGCUGGGCAAGGGGCUUCUAAAGAGGGUAGCUAUAAAGGAAAAGGCAAGGCAAAAGAGGUCGAGGAACCGGAGCUCGGAAAUCGAAGUUCUCCCAGUCAUUCUUUAUUAUACAACUACUCUUCUGAUCUCCCUCCACCACUCCCGUCGUCAUAUGGUGUAUUCCCUACCCCACCACCUUCAAUAGUUUCCUUCUAUCAGCCUUUAUACACACCGCAUCAGGCUGGUGGUGCCAGGUACUCCCUGCAAGCCUUAAAUGACCCAGCACAUCAGAUUUGUGGACCUUUAUCUGCGUAUAAACCGUCUUCAAAGAACCCAAAAGGGAAAGGAAAAGAGAAAACGAACGGAAAUAGCAAACGCAAAAACAAAAGUUCAGAUCCAGAAAUCGAGAAGCGAUGGGUGUCUUAUUGCCAAAGCCGAUUCAGGUACCAAUGGGAGAUGGCACAAGCAGACUCAGAGAUCAUGGUUUUGGAGGCUGCCGUCGAAGCUGUUCUUCAACGGAGGAAAGGCGAGAUAACCGGUGGAGGGGGACUACGCCGUGAGACUUUGUCCGAGGUCAACCGUUUACGAAAUUUACGUAUGGGGAAGGCCAAGAAGGAUGGGUCCUUACAUGCAAGGGCUACCCCAGAAGCCUCUGGAAAAGGGAUUGAGGGACCAAUUAUGAAACUUCCCACAGAGCUCCUUCACCAGAUAUUUUCUUACUUUCGUCCUCACCACUUGGCAUCCUCACAUGCUCUCGUUUGCCGUCGUUGGAAUUACAUUGCUACGCCUAUAAUAUACAGGAAAAUUCCUUUUGGGGAUUAUAUGGAAGACUACUGGGUCGAGGUUGGGCGUCGAAAGAGGUUAUGGAAGAAAAAACAAGAGAAAAAAGUAAAAAGCCUCGGCACAGAAAAGCCUUACGAGAUACCCAGGAUUUAUGAUCCUUUAUAUAACCAUGGCCAUAGGGUUGCUCGGACCCCAAGUGCUGCAUGGACAAUGAGAUAUGGGCAUGGCUUGAGACAUGACUGUCACUCGGAACAGGAUGAAGAUGAUGAUUCCGGGUAUAAUGAUGAGGAGGACUUUUAUCCCGAUGGAAAACAAGGAGGCACGUUUCCUAUUGGUGGGCCAGCGCUGGUUGUCAUGCCUUGGAGCAUGGGUAUUAUUAGAGCUAUUAGUAACCCGCACCUUGCAAAACAUGUUCGGCAAAUAGAUUACCAAGCCUCUUCCUACACAUCAUUCCCCAACCAUAAUGAAGCCGGAAAGGUCUUCUCUGAUCUUACAGACACACGCCCUAUGCUAGAUCAACGCUUCAGGACUCUCGAAAAACUCGUUCAGCUUGUGAGAAAGGCUGUUAGGCAAUGCACACGUGUUGAAGUUCUCAAACUCAAUUCAGGGGACGAGAGAAUUUCAAAUGCCUUGCUUGGACUUCUUAAAUGGAGCCCUAAACUCGAGAGUUUGAAUAUUAUCAACACUAAUUUACGACUGCUACAGUUUUCUCGUGGAUCUGGGAAAUGUCAGGAGGGAUUAAUCUCAAGAGGUGACGGGAAAGGAAAGGGCAGAGAAAGGCCUAGAGAUGUGGAGGGAUUAACUGUUGAUGAAGGACUAAACCUUCGACAGUAUCUGCUUGACUCACAGAAUCUUUCUGAACCGCAGCGGGGUGGGUUGAGGAUUAAAGUAAAAGCGAAGGGGCCCCCAGGAGACGAUUUUUACCUACCAUCUCUCAAACGGAUCCUUUUCUUCAGAUGUGGGUAUCAUCCCCAGCCUCAGAAAGACAUAGUAGGGAUGGAACCUCCUGUCAGAAUACCGCCUCCAAGACCCACAGAUAGGGUGCAGGCUAGUAGAGAUCGCGAGCGAAGGAGAAGGAGAAGAUUCAGGUUCAGAGCAAAAAUAGCUCGGGGUGAAAAGAGAGCUUUGGAAAAAGUGGUCUUGUUCCUCCAACGUUGCAAUAACCUGGAGGAGUUGAAGGUAAAGGGAUGCCAAUUUCUCCCAGAAGCCCUAGUCGAUUCUGCACUUGUUUGGGAGAUCACCGGGGACGAAAAUGAAUCCGUUCAGGAGUACCCGUUGACUCUAAACAAACUUUCAACUAUCACCAUCCGCUCCUGUGGGACAUAUCUUCACGACCGCACACCUGAGAUCUGGCUCUCUUCACCUCCAUUCGAAAGGUUUUUCCUACGGCACAAGGCGAUCAAACAUCUGGGCUGGAAUGGCUGGAUUCUGAAUCGUCAUCUUCCGCUGGAGGACUCUGUGUUUUCUCGGGUUGCGACACAUCUUGGUCGCACGGUAACCUCCCUGAGCAUUGCACACGGAUACGACGAGGAGGUCUCAAGAACAGCACCAGACAGUUUGCAUCGUGUACGUCUUAGUCUAAAACGAUUUAACUUGCUCUUAAGACAUUUGAGGCAACUUGAAACGCUUGAAUGGAGAAUGUUCCAUCUUCCUGUGGGCAAAAUGAUGAUGGGGAUCCGCAACUUGCGUCGUUGCCCAAAGAUGAAAAAUCUUCGCAUCGAAGGCGUCAUAGGCGUCAUUUCACAGGACGAGGCGCGUGAACUUGUUGCAUGUAUUCCACUUUUAGAGAAACUACGCAUCAGAUGGCGUCCAAGACCGGUUGGAUAUCGCAGAGGCAGGGCGGCGCCGGGAAUGGGACCACUUCCACCAAUAUGGGGUGAUGAGGUGCUUAUGGAAUACGAAUCGUCACCCUCUCCGCCUCAGAUACCACCGUCGCCUGAUGUUCUCAAUUAUGCAGUCCCCCCUCCACCUCCUCCAGCACUUAUGGAUAGUGAUUUCGAAGACGAUGAUUGGGGUGGUGAGUUGAGGCGAGAGCCUGAAUGGGUCGCUGCAGAAGAAGUCGCGCGGAUAUUUGCAGAUGCAAAACACCUCAGGGAAUUAUAUGUUAACAUCCUUAUCUCAAUGCCUGUGUCGAUGGAAAAACAUAUUGCCUCUAUGGACCUUCGUAUAGCAGAUGAAAUCCUGCGACCUACUAGAAACGAUUCCUCUGGGGGACCGACCAUAGCAUAUCAGUUGCGCAAGAGCUGGCUCGAAAAGAUUCGGGAGACAGCUGUUGCAUUUGCAAGGAACUCUCCAAGCUCAGUGAGAAAGAUAGGACUAGGCUACUUCGUCGGUGUUCAAGGUCUCAACUCGGUCGUCAGUUUGGAUAGAAACCCUGAUGGCAAAGUAGUUGGGUGGUCUGCAGACCUGAAGGGUGGGAGAAAGGUUGGCGAGAUGUGGAGAGAAGGAGUUGAUGCAGGCCUUGCAAGUAGUGGGGAUUCAUGGAUGGAUGGUGCAUUUAAAGAGGUAGAAGAAAAGGAUUGGUCGGAGACUAGGAACUGGACAAAGUCCAGGGUACCUACGAGACCUUUCAGGAGAUAA